CUGCCUCUCUUAACUCAUCUUCUUCAUCACACUCUCCCUCCACACACCCCUUUCUGUAAAAAAAUGACAAUUUCGAGUUUCAGAAGCUUCACAUUAGCGAUUCUCGUCGCCAUUUUAGUGUGGAGUUCAGCAACUCAUAAUUCCUGCAAUGCAACAAGAAGUGGUAGGCAUUGGAGGAAGAAUCGAAGCACCUCUACUACGUUAUCCAAGAAGAAAUCCGGCAACAACCACCACAACGGCGGUGGCGGAAAAUCGAAGUCGAAAUCUUCUUCUCAUAAAGCACCACCGGCUUCAGCCCCUGCACCGCCGGAGCAUGACGACGGUGGUGUCCCUGCCGCUGCAAAUACUUACAAUGUGUUGAAUUUUGGCGCCAAAGGAGAUGGAAUUGCCGAUGAUACAAAGGCUUUUGAAGGUGCUUGGGCAGUUGCAUGUAAAGUGAAGGGAUCAAAAAUUAUUGUUCCAUCACCAUAUAAAUUCCUUCUGGGCCCCAUCACAUUUUCUGGUCCUUAUUGCCAACCAAACAUUGUUUUCCAGGUUGAUGGCACCAUAAUUGCUCCAUCAAGCUUCAAACCUUAUGGGUCAGGAUUGUUUCAAUGGAUUCUUUUCACAAAACUAGUAGGACUCACUAUUCAAGGGGGAGGCACCAUUGAUGGAAGUGGCUCAAUUUGGUGGAAAAGCACUCCCUUCGAUGAUCCACUAGACGAUGAACUAAAACUAAUCAUUCCUAUCAAUGGAACAACCGGAAAAAAGAUCUUACAUUCAUCCAUAACCGACUCACUUGGAGGCAUAAUGCCGAGCAUAAAACCAACCGCAGUGAGGUUUUACGGGAGCUUUGAUGUGACGGUGACCGGGAUAACAAUCCAAAACAGCCCUCAGUGUCACCUCAAGUUCGAUAACUGUGUAGGAGUCUCGGUGUAUAACUUCAAAGUCUCAUCACCUGGUGAUAGCCCAAAUACAGAUGGGAUCCAUUUACAAAACUCAAAGGAUGUGUUGAUCCACACUACCGAUCUCUCAUGUGGAGACGACUGUGUUUCUAUACAAACUGGGUGUUCAAACAUUUACAUACACAACGUGAAUUGCGGCCCGGGUCAUGGUAUCAGUAUCGGAAGCUUAGGAAAAGACAACACGAAAGCUUGUGUCUCGAAUGUCACGGUUCGAGAUGUCAUGAUGACUAACACCAUGAACGGUGUACGAAUCAAAACAUGGCAGGGUGGAUCAGGGUCCGUCAAAGGAAUAAUGUUUUCAAAUAUUCAAGUUUCGGAAGUUCAAUUACCGAUAGUAAUCGAUCAAUUCUACUGCGAUAAAAGCACGUGUAAAAACCAAUCGUCUGCAGUCGCUUUAUCGGGGAUUAGCUACGAGCGUAUUAGGGGGACCUACACAGUCAAACCGGUUCAUUUCGCAUGUAGUGAUAACAUGCCAUGUACGGAUGUGAACCUAAAUGGUAUAAAUUUAAAACCGGUUCAAGAGCGAUACCACAUGUAUGACCCGUUUUGUUGGAAGACAUUUGGCGAGCUGUUAUCGCCAGCUGUCCCACCGGUUGAGUGUCUGCAGAUUGGUAAGCCGUCAAGCAGCCAUGUCCAGGCCGAUCAUGAUUCAUGUUAGUGGAACCAUUGUGGUCAAUGGUGCAUGAUGUGGGUCCGACCUUUUGACUUUUAGGAAGUCAAGAAAUGCAUAUUCUUUGUAGUAAUAGAUUAUACAGAUGUUAGUAGUAUUGGUAGUAGGUAAGAUCUUGAUGCCAUGAGUGCAGAGUCUAUGGGGUGACUCUGGAUUCAUAUAGAUAUAUAUAUGUAUAAGUGUUUGUUUUGCUUUGUGUGAGAUAAUGAAAAAGCCCAUUACUCUUCAAGUUUCA